AUAAGAACUUUACUAUACCUUUCUCACAUACACUAUUAAAAUAAAAAGGUGCUCGUCGCGUCCCCCACUCUUUCGCUCUCCCCACGAGCGAACAAGCAAGCUUUGUGUUCAGGUGUACUACAUAGUACACAGGUGUAUUCAGAUAGGUAACAGCAAGUAUUAGGCUUUGAGUAAAUUUCUCGCUUAGUCAAUAUGUACAUACAAUAAAUAAACAAUUAAUAAUUGAUAGUCGUAUUCAAGAUAUAAAUGCGAAAAUAUACGGUACUUAUUUAAUAUUAUAAUAUUGUAUAUAUUCAGGUUUUAUUUAUGAGAUAGUUGUAGAGUUAGAGAGAGCUGUUGUGAAGUAAGAAUAUUUCACACAAUAAGUUUCAACGAAACAUGAGCGAGGAGAGCAAAAAUUUAUUAAAAUCCAAAUGCAAACAGUCCGAUGAGCCAUAUUCCACGGAUAUUUGCAACGAAGAUGAUCACGAUUGGUGGGCAAGUGACAGUGGUUCCAGCACAGGAUCGUAUUACUCAGAUACCGGCAGCUCCGUGGUUGAAUGGGAGUCGGAAAUUGGACCUACCGGAGAAGUGUUCUACAUAGAAUCCGAAGAGGAGAGCCUACUAGAAAAUCCUGCAACUUCAGAGGAUAAGAGUGAGAGUCCUCAGCCUGAAUUGACGCGUCGUCGUAGCACGAGAGCUGGCAAACUGUUCCGUCUUAUUAGACGCAAAGAAAGUAAACGGAUGAGUAUGAGAAAUAAAAGAAUCAACAAUAGCGCUGCAAAUAAUACGAUUGCUCAGGAAAAAGGAGAUGGUAGCAAGGAAGUCAAGUUUCAAGAUUUUCAGGCAGGAGAAAUUCGAGAAGUCAUGUUAUGGGUUGACCCUGAGAGAAGACAUAAGCUGGGAAGAAGGGCAACGUUAUGCGAAGCAUACUUUGGUAUCAUCCCAGGUGUAUUCUCGGAUGAAAUCAGAGUUAUGGUGGCAGGAUUUAUACCCGACGGUGAAGCCAUGAAGAACAGAAAUGUAAAAAUUGGGGAUUGGUUGCGAAGCAUCAAUUCGAACAAUGUUACUUUCCAAAAUUUAGAUCGAAUACUUUCUGAAAUCAUCACGCCGUCAAAUGUAACAUUAGAACUGCAAAGAGUAGCUGGUGUCGAUGUUACUGCAAAGUUACCGAAAGUAAAUAAAUCUAAACAAUCGAUAUUGGCCCAAUAUUUGAUGAACAAAGAAAACAGUAGUUCCUUUAUGGAAUCUCUAUUGCAUUAUCCAUUGGGCGUAAUAUAUUUAAAGACUGCGGAUCUUUUGGAAAUGGGACAAGAGUUGCAAGGCGUUUUGUAUACAUUCCCGCGAUCUGAAACUAAAAACGUGCAUUCUUCUUUGUGUAUGGCGAGGGGCGCUUUUAUAACUCUUAAUCAUUUAUUACCUAGUAUAGUAGGGUCGCAGCCAUUCAGCACAACUAUCCGUGUAGGUAAAGAAGAGAUGCAUAUUGCGUAUAUAUCCCGCGACGAUGAAUUACUUUUAAUAGCUUUACCUGACAAAUGCUGUACUUCUCAAGAAAUUGUCAAGAUUACAGAAGACAUCGUCAGAACCCUAGAAUUUACCUACCAAUCGCUAACGAAGUGUUUUACUUCUGUGGAAAAUCAUUCCUUCUUGGAUCACUUUUUCACACUAAUCAUGCACAGAUUAACUAGUAUCAAAGAUUCCUGCAAAGAUGCUGAUGUCAAAAAGAAUUCAGUAAAGCCACAAAACAGUGCCGAAAAUGGGGAGAAUUACAAAUUUAGAAGUGCCUUUUCAGUCGCUAGUUUCAUACAACUACCGAGAGACGCGCAAAUUCAAAUAGACGCUGCGUUAAGCGAGAUGGAAGCUAUGGAUUACAGAGACUGGAAUGAGGAUCCUAUGGAUUGUCAAAGAUUAUAUACUAUAUUGGGGAGUUGCAUUUAUCACAAGUGUCAUCUUCUGGGAUCUCAUUUGCCUCACGAAGAUCUAAUCGACAUACAUUCAUUUUUGCGACAUAACGGUCUGUUAAAUCUGGUGAAUCAGGAACAAGUAAAGUGUUUAGUUCUAUGGAAACAGAUCUAUCCUUCAUCUUGUAAUCGCGGAAACAUUGAUAACAACGGCCAGCUAUUAAUACCCAAUGGAAAAUGGUUUUUAUUAGUUGUCGGGUAUGGACAUGAUUUAUUAGCGGUUCUGUUGGAAUCCGGCGGAUGUACUACAAAGUACAAUGACGCGAUAGGCCCAGACGUAUUUUAUGUGGAGGAAGCUCAAGAAACGCUGAAACAUAUACAAAAAGUAGGCGUCACAGUUUUAGCCGAGAAAUGGAUUACAUCCAAUGCCAGGCCAGAAGUGAUACCAUAUGAGGAACAUGUAACGACGAAAGCGUCAUCCAGCAUAACGGAAAAUCUGUUUGGUUUGAUAAAAUCGUCCGACCCGCAGGCUGUACCGUCCAAACAAAAUGUUAGUCCUAAUAAAAAGCUGCAAGAACUACCUUCCAUCUUAAAAAAACGUAGUCCUGAAGAAAGUCCCGUGAUCUCGGGUUCUGUAUAUUCCUUACAAACGUCCGAAGAUUCACUUAGUCAAGGAACAGGUGGUGUCAGCGAAGUGAGCGAUGAGGCAAUGCCUAUACUUGGAAGACGAGCAACCCGAGAGAAGAUUAAUUCGAGAUUUUCUGAUGACAGUGAUUCAGAUAUCGACAUAUAUAAGAGUGAUAGUAAUGUACUCACAAUGGAUAUAUCGAAUAUACGGGAAAACUUAUUGAAUCAAGCGGAAUACUUAAUACCACAGAAGCUGACCGCAGGUGAUAAAAAUUAUUUGUAUCACUACGUUCACUUGGAUAUGGUAGAAGGAAUUCUACUGUCGUCAAUACCUAUUCAAAAUACACAGAAGGAUAAUAAGAUCCUUGUUAACUUCAACAAGUGUGUACAUAUUAUUCAUAGACUAUUGCAUAAUACAGUAAGAUUUAAAAUGUUGAAUCAAGAUAUAGAUAAAACGGUAAUCAAUAGAAGCUUAAUCGCUAUUAAAGAACAUGGUGUACUAUUUGAAUGGGAAAAUACAGCUUUUUGGGUAAUCGGACGUCUCUACACGAACCCUCAUCCAAAGGAACUGUAUGUGUGCCAUCAAGACUCUGCCCCUCAAAACCUAAUUGAAAUAGCCUUUCAGUUACACUCUUAAUAUGUACAGUGUAUACACAUAGAAAACACUUGUAUCUUAAUUUAAGCAAAUUAUUUAGUAGAAGUUUUUAUUAUAUCAUUUUAUCAUGCAAUACUGUAUAUCAAUAGAUUUUAACAAUUUGCAUUUUUGAUAAUAAAAAAUUUAUCUUACAG